CGCAGUAGGUUUGUUCAACUGAGAUGUCAGUUCGCUUGAUCUUGUAUUGGGCGUUUUAAGAGAGAACGUUUGAAAUUGCCAUCGCCUGACUAUAUGCGGGCAGCGGAAGCAGAUGUCUCUUACACGAAGGGUGCGCUCGUGAAAUUCAACAAAGCCACCCGUGCGAAGUGGGUUUGGGAUCGGGAUGCGUGGGCCUGGAGGCAAGACGAUAAGGAGGUCGCCACUGACGUGGUGGCAGCGUCGCCUUAGGCGGCAAGCUUCGCUGUGCAGGCCAUAUAGAGGCGACAGGAUGGAGAAGGGGUCGGCGGGGACUGCCGGCGGGGAGGCGUGGAAUGAGCGGGCGGGGCGGGUGUUUGUUUUGACAGCAGCUCUUCGUUUUCAGCUCAGCUGUUCGGCGAAUGCAGUCACUCCUCGCGCUUUGCGCGCUAGCACUGUUGUUUUGGCCGUUUUGGCCGAGGCUUCUCUCGACGUGUUUGCGUUGAAGAUGGAGCGGCUGUGACGCGUCAUAUUGACUUCGGACGAGGAGGAGGAGGACGACGACGAGCCGAU